AUGCAAUUCCUCGCCGCCUUGACCUUCCUCGCUACCGCCACCGUUGCGGUCGCCCUGCCCGGCAUCAACAUGGCCCAGGCGUCUUGCCAAUCCGGCGCGAAAUCCUGCACCAACCUCACCAUCGCCGACGCCCACGGCAGCACCUGCUGCGCUCCUCUCGUCUGCGAUGAAGCCAGCUUCUGCCGCCUUCCGUACUACUAA